AUGGCACCAAUGGCACAGAAGCUGGACGAUGAAAUUCCAGCUCUUGAAACUUGGAAAGUACUCCCUCUAGCUGAAGUUUUAGAUACAACUUCAGGCGCUUCGCCAUACCCAUCCACGGUAUCAUAUGAUGAUAUUAAAAAUGACCACUGUCUCAUACUGCAUUCUUCUGGGUCAACUGGGGACCCGAAACUUGUGUACAUGACACAUGGAACGUUUUCUGUCACGGAUAAUGAUACCUACAUGCCAGUGCCAGAAGGACGAAGGGCACAGAACGCUGCACAGUUCAACUUUGAGGAUUCAGGUCGCUUCUACUCUUGCUUCCCCCCAUACCACAUGGCUGGUGUACAAGCCUAUAUCAUCCUUCCAACAUUUUCUAAAACGGCUACAGUUGUGAUGGGGCCGGCCAUGACCCCUCCAAGCGGCUUUCUACUAUCGGAAAUAAUGAAACAGCAGCAUCUCCGAGGAUUUUAUGUCCCACCGUUCAUAAUUCAACAGUGGGUUGCGGAACCCGAGGCAUUGGAGCAAGCCAAAGGGUUAAAGUUUGUUUUGUAUGGAGGUGGCCCAUUGUCGUCUAACGUCGGCAACGCAUUGAGUAAAGUCACAGAUGUUUGCCAAAUGUAUGGAUCGUUGGAGCUAGGCCAGGUUCAAAUGCUUAUUCCACUGCCUGGCCAAUGGGAAUAUCUCGAGCCGAAUCCGUACGAGGAGUGUGACAUGCAACAUAUUGAAGAUGGCCUCUAUGAAAUGGUGUUGCAUCAUGAUGCAAAAUUCCAUUCGCACCGGUCUGUUUCGCACAAUUUCCCUGAUGUCAAGACAUGGCGGACGGGAGAUCUCUUUACGCGGCACCCCUCAAACCCGAGCCUAUUGCGCUUUCAUUCCCGCAUUGAUGAUAUGAUCGUUCUCUCUAGUAGUCACAAAUUACGACCCCUUGAGAUGGAAACUCUUAUUCAAGGUGACCCUUUGGUGGCUGGGGCUCUCAUUGUCGGAACUGGGAGGCCAGAACCUCUGCUCAUCAUCGAACCCAGAUCGCACGAAAUCCUAGCGAACGAUUUGAUUGAUCGAAUUUGGCCCGCAGUUUGUGAGGCUAACUCUAUCGCCCCAUCCUAUGGAGUGAUAAGCCGCUCGAGGAUAAUUGUUGCCAGACCCGGCGCUCCCUUUAUCCGAGCCCCCAAAGGGACUAUUGUGAGGCGGUCGACCGAGGCUCUAUAUCGCGAUGGUAUUGAUCAGGCGUAUUCGGAAGAAGAAUCUAAGGACAACCAUAACGGGACUCUACAAAUAAUCUCUACCGAGAUGGUGAAAGAAUAUAUCCGCUCAACGCUUGGAAAAAUUUGCCCCAACGUCAAGCUCGACGAUAGCGAUAAUAUAUUUGCUAUGGGUGUGGAUUCCCUAAGAGUUGUCGAACUCUGUCGAAAACUAAAGUCUGGCUUGUCAAGAAGAGUACAUGCUAAUGUUCCUGACAUUUCACUUCGAAUGGUAUACACAAACCCUUCUAUAAACGAACUAGCCAAUGCCAUUAUGUCCUCUACGACCCAACCGUGCAAACAGCAACCAGCCAGUGAAUAUCCCGCCAUCGGCGCGAUGCAAAAUAUUGUGGAAGAAUUUGCCUCUAGUCUCCCACCGCCAAAGGGAAUACCAGAAAAGAAGCUUUCCAUAGUCUUAAUCGGACCACGCGGCAGAUUGGGCCCUAAUAUCGUCAAGUUUUUACUCCAGUCCAGUCAUGUGGGUAGUGUUCACUGCUUAAAUAGGGGCGAAAAUGGAAGAGAACGCCUUCGUUGCCUCAUAUCUGAGACAGGACCAAAAUUUGAUGUUGAUGAUCCCCGUCUACAUUUUUACAAUUCGAAAGUCGGGGAAUCGAAUUUUGGCCUCUCUCCUGAGGAUACGGUAGUAGCCCUUGACGGCGCCGACGUUAUCAUCCAUAAUUCAUGGAAGGUAAACUUUGGAUGGACGUUGGAUUCAUACAAGGACGAGCUAAUACGCAGCGUCCGCGUCCUUGUUGAUGUCUCUGCGCGAGCCAAACAAUCCCCUCGAGUGGUAUUUAUAUCAUCCACAUCGUCUGUUCAAGAUUGGGGUAGAAUAUUUCCUGGUGUGCCUGUCACUGAAGAACCCGCUCCAUCGUGGGAUGUUGCCUCUCCAUUAGGCUACGGACAAUCUAAGCAUGUCGCAGAGCGGAUAUUAACCAUUGCAUCUAAAAAACUAAAUAUCCCGGUUACUAUCCUGCGUCUUGGGCAAGUGGCUGGCCCGACAACUUCUACCAUUGCGGGUAGUUGGCCGAUAGAUGAAUGGCUCCCAACCCUGGCCAUGAUUUCUAAGUCUAUCAGCUUAAUACCUAACGACCUUCCUGCGAUUGAUUGGAUUCCGGUUGAUACUAUGGCUGAAAUUAUCUGCGAAAUAUCUCUGAAUCAAAUUCCACUAGCACCUCAACUACAGAGCCAUAUCAAAAGGCCAUGGAAGUCCCAACAAAGCGAGCAGUUACUCCAAGUCUUCAACAUUGUAAACCCCAAUCUAACUCCCUUUGCUGAUUUUGUGGAAACUUUACAAGGCCGCCUUGGCCCCGCGGUUAAACAGGCCGGCCUUAUUGAAUGGAUCCAGAUCUUAUCAGCAGCACUCAAAACGAUGUCAGAACGUGACGCCGACAUAUCACUAAAAAAUUUACCCUUCUUUCAGCUCCUUGCGGAAACUAUUACAGCCGGAUAUGCUUUUCAGCCUAAAUUUAACACAGACAAAGCUUGUAGUGCCAGCAUGGCUAUGUCUCAAAAGUUGGGGGGUGUUGACAAGAAAAUGAUUGCUCUGUGGUGUGAACAGUGGGGACUAUAA